UUUCCGCAGGAAGUUUUCGUCCGUUUUUCCCCUCCGUCCCGUUCCCACGUGCCGCCCGGGGCCACCGCCUGCUCCGCCGCCUCCUCCGCCAUGGAGCCCUCCGGGCUGGAGCCCAUCCUGCGGGACCUGCUGCUGCCCGACACCCAGCGCAUCCGACAGGCCACAGAGCGGCUCCGCGUCGCCCUCCGCGACCCCGCCGUCCUGCCCGCGCUCUGCGAGCUGUUGGUGACGGCGAGUGACCCGCAGAUCCGUCAGUUGGCAGUGCUACUGUUGAGACGGCGGCUGAGCACCCGCUGGAGACGCCUCGCCCCGGACCAGCGGGAGGAGCUGAAGUCGCUGGCGCUGAGAGCCCUGCAGAAGGAAAACGUGCACCCGGUGAGCCUGGGGCUGGCCCAGCUGGUGGCCACCAUGGUGAGGCACGAAGGCCUGGAGGCCUGGCCCGGCCUCCUGCAGCUCCUCCACAACGCCACGCGAAGCUCGCACCCCGCCGAGAAGGAGAUGGGGCUGAUGCUGCUGAGCGUGGUGGUGGCCUCGAACCCGGAGCCCUUCCGGGCCCACCAUCAGGAGCUGCUGCGCCUGCUGCACCACACGCUGAGCCGGGGAGAGGCACCGGGCUCGCUCUACUACUCCCUGCGCACGCUCACCGCCCUCGUGCCCCGCCUGGCUCCCGACGACGCGCCUCUCGCCAAGACCCUGGUGCCCAAGAUCCUCACGGCUUUGGAGGAGCUGAUCCGCGCAGACGAGGUGAAGGCCAGCGAGGCGGCGGAGGUGUUGGACGAGCUGCUGGAGUCCGAGCUGCCGGCCGUCGGACCCCACGUGGGCGCCGUGCUCACCUUCUGCGUGGAGGUGGCCGGGAACACGGCGCUGGGGGACUCUCUCCGCGGGCGCCUGCUCUGCUGCGUCUCCUUCCUGGUCAAGGUCAAGAGCAAGGCCAUAGUGAAGCAGCGGCUCCUGAGCCCCCUGCUCCACGCCCUGUUCCCCAUCAUGUCCGCCGAGCCCCCCGCCGGCCAGCUGGACCCCGAGGACCGGGAGGAGGAGGAGGAGGAGGAGGAGGGAGAGCUGCUGCCGGAGGGCGGGAUGGACAGCGAGACGCCCAAGCACUUGGCCGUACAGGUGGUGGACAUGCUGGCGCUGCACCUGCCCCCCGAGAAACUGUUCCCCAAGCUGAUGCCCCUGUUGGACCAGUCCCUGCGAGGGCAGAAUCCCUACCAGCGCAAGGCGGGGCUCAUGGUGUUGGCCGUGCUGGCCGAGGGGGCCGGAGACCACAUCCGGCAGAGGCUGCUGACCCCGCUGCUGCAGGUCGUGUGCCAGAGCCUGGGCGACCCUUCCCAGGUGGUCCGCAACGCCGCCCUCUUCGCCAUGGGCCAGUUCUCCGAGAACCUGCAGCCCCACAUCAGCGGCUACUGCGGGGAGGUGAUGCCGCUCCUCCUGAGCUACCUCCGGUCCGUGCCGCCCGGGCACACGCGCCACCUCGCCAAGGCCUGCUACGCCCUGGAGAACUUCGUGGAGAACCUGGGGGCCGAGGUGAAGCCCUACCUGGCGGAGCUGAUGGAGCGGAUCCUGCAGCCCCUCCGGGGACCGGCCGGACCCCGCGUCAAGGAACUGGCCGUCAGCUUGCUCGGGGCCACUGCCAGCGCCGCCCAGGGCGCCCUCCUGCCCUACUUCCCGGCCAUCAUGGAGCAUCUGCGGGAGUACUUGGUGACCGGGCGGGAGGACCUGCGGCCCCUGCAGAUCCAGAGCCUCGAGACGCUGGGGGUCCUGGCGCGCGUCCUGGAGGAGGCCGUGCGGCCCCUGGCAGAGGACUGCUGCCGCCUCGGCCUCCAGCUCUGCGACCAGGUGGACGACCCGGACCUGCGGCGCUGCACGUACAGCCUGUUGGCCGCCCUGUCGGGGCUGAUGGGGCCGGGGCUGGCUCCCCACCUGCCGCAGAUCACCACCCUCAUGCUGCUGUCGCUGCGCUCCACCGAGGGCAUCGUGCCCCGGUACGAGGGGAGCAGCACGUUCCUGCUGUUCGAAGACGAGAGCGAGGAGGAGGAAGAGGAGGAGCCCAUGGGGGACGACGAGGAAGACGAGGACGAUUCUGACGUCUCGGGGUACAGCGUGGAGAACGCUUUCUUUGACGAGAAGGAGGACGCCUGCUCGGCCCUCGGGGAGAUCGCGCUCAAUGCCAGCGUGGCCUUCCUCCCCUACAUGGACUGCGCCUUUGAGGAGGUCUACAAGCUGCUGGAGUGCCCCCACCUCAACGUGAGGAAGGCGGCUCACGAGACCCUGGGCCGCUUCUGCCGGGCCCUACAGCGGGCGGCCGGGCAGUGCCCGUCGGAGCAGAACAGCGCCGCCCUGCAGGCGGCCCUGGGCCGGGCGGUGCCCGCGUUGGUGCAGGCGGUGCAGGGGGAGCGGGAGCGGCUGGUCGUGAUGUCGGCGCUGGAGGCCCUGGGCGGCCUGCUCAAGGACUGCGGGGCCCCGGCGCUCCACGCCCCGGGACGGCUGGAGGAGCUGUGCGCCGCCCUCCGCGCCGUCCUGCACAAGAGGACGGCCUGCCAGGACACCGAUGACGAAGAGGAGGACGAGGAGGAGCAGGCCGAGUACGACGCCAUGCUGCUGGAGCACGCCGGGGAGGUCAUCCCGGCCCUGGCCGCCGCCGCCGGCGGGGAGACCUUCGCCCCUUACUUCGCCGGCUUCCUGCCCCUGCUGCUGCGCAAGGCGAAGCCGAGCUGCUCGGCGGCGGAGAAGUCGUUCGCGGUGGGGACGCUGGCGGAGGCGGUGCAGGGCCUGGGCCCGGCCUCGGCCCAGUUCGUGUCGCGCCUGCUGCCCGCGCUGCUGGAGGCCGCCCGCGAGCCCGACCCCGAGGUCCGCAGCAACGCCGUCUUCGGGCUGGGCGUGCUGGCCGAGCACGGGGGCCCUCCAGCCCGGGCAUGCUUCGCCAAGAUCCUGGGCUCCCUGUCCUCCCUCCUGGGCCACGAACGCCACGGCCGCGUCCUGGACAACAUCUGCGGGGCCCUGGCCCGCCUUUUGCUGGCCGGCCUGCCGGGGAAGCCCCCGCACCAGGUGCUGCCCACGCUGCUGCGGUCCCUGCCGCUGCGGGAGGACAUGGAGGAGUGGAGCCCCGUGAGCCGCUGCCUCUGCUUCCUCUACCAGACCCGGCCCCAGCAGGUGGUAGAAACGGCCCCCGAGCUCCUGCGGGUGUGCAGCCUCGUCCUGGGGUCCGGCCGGCUCCCCAAAGACUCCGAGGCUGCCCUGCGGCUCCUGGUGACUCAGUUGGCCCAGCACCACGCCGACAACUUCCAGAAGGCGCUCGGCUCGCUGCCCCCCGACAAGGCCCGGGACCUCCAGGCCGCGCUCGGCCCCGCUUAGGACCCCCCGGGACGGCCCCGCCGGCCCCCGCCCGAGACUUCUGGUGCCUUCACCCGCCACCCCCCACCCCCGGCCC